CACUUGGGCUUUGGCUCGCUCUCCUCCUUCCUCACAAGAUUCCUUCGUGGCGUCCCACAGAAACUACAGAACCCUUUCUGUAGUGUCAUUCUUUUCCAUUUUAUAUUUGGAGAAACUGAGACUUAGAAACGCGAAGUGACCUGACAGAGCUUGCGCAGAGCAGGCUGGCCGAAAAUUCCUCCCUUCCUACCGCGGGACGCCGCGGGUAUGGACUAUUCAUACGAUGAGGACCUGGACGAGCUGUGCCCCGUGUGUGGGGACAAGGUGUCCGGCUACCACUACGGGCUGCUCACAUGCGAGAGCUGCAAGGGCUUCUUCAAGCGCACGGUGCAGAAUAACAAGCAUUACACGUGCACCGAGAGCCAGAGCUGCAAGAUCGACAAGACACAGCGCAAGCGCUGUCCCUUCUGCCGCUUCCAGAAGUGCCUGACGGUGGGGAUGCGCCUUGAAGCCGUACGUGCUGACCGCAUGCGGGGUGGCCGGAAUAAGUUUGGGCCCAUGUACAAGCGGGACCGGGCCCUGAAGCAGCAGAAGAAGGCACAGAUUCGAGCCAAUGGCUUCAAGCUGGAGACGGGCCCCCUGAUGGGGGUGCCCCACCCACCCCCUCCCCCACCGGACUACAUGCUGCCCCCUGGCCUGCAUGCACCUGAGCCCAAGGGCCUGGCCUCUGGUCCACCUGCUGCACCAUUGGGUGACUUUGGGGCACCAGCACUGCCCAUGGCUGUGCCCAGCACUCACGGGUCACUGGCCGGCUACCUCUACCCCGCCUUCCCUGGCCGUGCCAUCAAGUCUGAGUACCCGGAGCCCUAUGCCAGUCCCCCACAGCCUGGGCCACCCUAUGGCUACCCAGAGCCCUUCUCUGGAGGGCCUGGUGUGCCUGAGCUCAUCCUGCAGCUGCUACAGCUGGAACCGGAUGAAGACCAGGUACGGGCUCGUAUUGUGGGCUGCCUGCAGGAACCGUCCAAAGGCCGCUCCGAGCAGCCUGCACCCUUCGGCCUCCUGUGCAGGAUGGCUGACCAGACCUUCAUCUCCAUCGUGGACUGGGCACGCAGGUGCAUGGUCUUCAAGGAGCUGGAGGUGGCCGACCAGAUGACACUGCUGCAGAACUGCUGGAGCGAGCUGCUGGUGUUCGACCACGUCUACCGCCAGAUCCAGCAUGGCAAGGAGAGCAGUCUUCUGCUGAUCACCGGGCAGGAGGUGGAGUUGACCACGGUGGCUGCCCAGGCAGGCUCCCUGCUGCACGGCCUGGUGCUGCGGGCACAGGAGCUGGUACUGCAGCUGCUCACGCUGCAGCUGGACCGCCAGGAGUUCGUCUGCCUCAAGUUCCUCAUCCUCUUCAGCCUCGAUGUGAAGUUCCUGAAUAACCCCAGCCUGGUGAAGGAUGCUCAGGAGAAGGCCAAUGCCGCACUGCUUGAUUACACCCUGUGCCACUACCCGCACUGUGGGGACAAGUUCCAGCAGCUUCUGCUGUGCCUGGUGGAGGUGCGGGCACUGAGCAUGCAGGCCAAGGAGUACCUGUACCACAAGCACCUGGGCAAUGAAAUGCCCCGCAACAACCUGCUUAUCGAGAUGCUGCAAGCCAAGCAGACUUGAGCCUGGGCCGGGCAGGGCCAGGACUGGGGCCGGGAGCACGGCGCAGCCGCGCCUACGGCCCUCCAGAUGGUUUAUUCUAUUAUGCCGACUAGGAGCCCCACCCUGUAGGCCCCUGCCCCUGAGUUCUCUGAAGCCCUGUGUUUGGGAAGGUGGGUGAGAGUGGGCAGCGCCUGGCUGAGGUGGGGUGGCCCCCACUGGCCAGAGAGUCCCCAGGAGGCAGUUGCUAACCGCCCCCACCCGGCCCCCUGCUCCCAGCUGUCUGUCCUGGAGUCUGGAGCAGAGGUCCAGGGAGGAGGUUUGCGAUUCCCUGGUGGGCCUCAAUGUCUCUUGGGUCCAAGGUUAUCCCUUCCCCAUCUCCUAGAAACAGAAGCAGAGAGAGGUUGAGUGGGCAUCAACUGGGGGAGAAGAGAGGGGCUGCAGAGCCCUCUCACAGCGACCAGGAGGAAAGCCCUCUGCUUUGAAAACCAGAGAUGACUGAGUCUGCAGAAUUGGCCAGGGAUGGCUGGGCCCCAGAGGACACUGGGAGACGGGGUAGGACCAAAUGACCUCCCUAGCCUUUUCUCCCACCUGACUUCUGCAGGGGAGAACCGUGACACAUUAUCUGAGAAGAACUUUGCUACAAUCAUCUUUCUAUCCCUGCCCCACCAGGGGGGAAGUUUGGCACAAUUGGCGUAUCAGCCCCACCCAUAGUUGGCCAGCCCAGGCUGGUAUGUAUUUGUGAGGCUGUAGCCAAGAGUUUCUUGUUUUGUUUGUUUUUUAACCUAGAUACUCCUUGAAAGGUGUGUAUGUUGGGGGCAGGGGACAGAUUUGGGGAUUGAGGCUGGGAUUUGGUAUUGGCACCUAGUACAGCCCAUGUUUCUCCCCAGACACCCUCAUACCAAGUACCCCAUGGGUGUGCUGGGUCAUCAUUUCUGAGCCCUGACUCCAACCCAGGGAAGAGCUGUUGCUGGCCCCCACCCAAUUAGAUGAAUAGCAGGAUGCCUUUUGAGGGGGCUCAGAGGCUGUGGGAGGGGGAAUAUGGGUGAACUUGAGGAGAAUGUAUGGGUCUCCAGGUCAGGGACAUUGCUGAUAAGCCCCUCCCUCAUUGGCCCCACCCCACUGGGUCCCUUGCUGCAAAUCUUUGAAGCUGAGCCUCAACUCCCUGGCCUCCUGGCUCAUGCCCUGAAAGAAACUCUCCAGGGCCAGGCACCAGGGAGAGGCCUCGGCUGUCCUCUGUCACUAGGCUGGGCAUUGCUGUCUGUCUUGCUUUCAUGUUGCUGUUGUAGCUCGUGCUGAGCCUGCCCACUUGGAGGUAACUAGGCGUCCCUGCCCCCUGCCUUCCCUGUCUCGGGUCCCUCCCCUGCCCACUGAAAUGUGCACCCCUGCCAAGGCCAGAGACCCACGGCCCCCAAACAAGUGCCCUUAAGAAUCUCCCCAGCUCCCGCAGCCCUGAAAUAAAUUUUGCAAUUAGU